GACCAGUAGUGACGUCAGAAGGCGCACCUAACCAAAACUUGUGCGGGUUCUGCGGCGGCAGGGAGUCCACCCCCCUCGAGCUCAUGGUGCGCUGCGGCUGCGUGUUGUUGAGAAAGUAUGGGAACUUCAUUGAUAACGUAAGAAUCUUCACCAAGGGAGGCAGUGGUGGAAUGGGCUACCCUCGCUUGGGGGGAGAAGGUGGAAAAGGUGGUGAUGUCUGGGUCGUAGCCCAAAAGAAUAUGACCUUAAAGCAGCUUAAAAACAAAUAUCCUCAGAAACGGUUUGCGGCUGGAGGAGGAGCAAACAGUCGAGUUAGUGCACUGAAGGGCUCCAAAGGAAAAGACUGUGAAAUCCCUGUGCCUGUGGGUAUUUCAGUGACUGAUGAAAAUGGUAAAGUCAUAGGAGAACUCAAUAAAGAAGAAGACAGAAUUCUAGUUGCUAAAGGUGGCCUCGGUGGUAAAUUACAUACAAAUUUCUUACCUUUGAAAGGCCAGAAGCGAGUAAUUCACCUUGACCUAAAAGUCAUAGCUGAUGUCGGCCUAGUAGGAUUCCCAAAUGCUGGAAAAUCCUCCUUACUAAGUCGAGUUUCCCAUGCAAGGCCUGCGAUUGCAGAUUAUGCAUUUACAACACUAAGGCCUGAGCUUGGAAAGAUUAUGUACAAUGAUUUCAAACAGAUUUCAGUAGCUGAUCUCCCAGGUUUGAUAGAAGGAGCACAUAUGAACAAAGGAAUGGGCCACAAAUUCCUCAAGCAUUUAGAGAGAACCAAACAGCUGCUUUUUGUUAUUGAUAUUUCUGGAUUCCAGCUUUCUUCUGUAACUCCGUACAGAACAGCCUUUGAAACUAUAAUACUUCUUAUGAAGGAGUUGGAGUUAUACAAAGAGGAACUGCAGGCAAAACCUGCACUCUUGGCAGUUAACAAGAUGGACUUGCCGGAUGCCCAUGUUAAACUUCAUGAACUGAUGAAUCAGCUCCAGAGCCCUGAAGAUUUUCUGCAUUUAUUUGAAAAAAACAUGAUUCCAGAGAAGGCUGUAGAAUUCCAGCAUGUCAUCCCUGUCUCAACAGUUACUGGAGAAGGCAUUGAGGAAUUGAAGAAGUGUGUGAGGAAAGCCCUGGAUGAACAGGAUGACAGAGAAAAUGAUGCACAUCACAGGGAACAGUUGCUUAACUUGCAGAUUCCUAGCACAGCAUCUUAGAGUGAGCCACAGCAA